AUGGCAGCGUGGUUCUGCCGACGGUUGGCCGCUCUCACCGUCCCCAAGGCCUCCUCCUACCUCGCCCAUAAGGAGCUUUCAUGCUCCUGCUCAGCCAGUCUUCCAAGCCGCAUCCACCCGGUCGUCGCCGGCCUCCACGACUCCGUCAAUGCGCUCCUCGCGUGGACCAAGGCGCCGGCUCCGGUGCAGGCAGCUUGCACGGUGUGGAUCGGCGCAGGGAUGGACCAUCUGGGCCACCUACUGUCCAGCCUCACCGACGUGCUCCACCACCCGCAGGUGCAGGACCCUGAGCGGCGGCGGUGCCAAACCGCGUCGUCGUGGACAGAGCGGCUGCUCCGCGACCUCGUCGUCAUCGCCGACGCGCAUAGCUGCUUCUCUGAGGUUCUUGUCUCCCUGAAGGAACUGCUCGGUGAAUCCCAGGCCGCAGUCCGCAAUGGCGACGCCACCCGCCUCGCGGCCGCGCUGUGCACACGCCGCCGCUCCGACCGCGAUCUCUCCAGUCUCGCCGCCACAUUGCGCGCCGUCUCGCACCGUUCUAACUCCCCCGCCGCGGCUACGUCAGACUGCGGCGAGGCGGCACUGGCGGAAGCCGUCGAGGCGGCCACGUGUGCCGUGGCGUCCGCGUCCGCCGCCAUCUUCGCCGGGCUCGCCUCCGCCUCGGCCUACUCUGUCCUUCGAGCAUUGACCUCCUCGCCGACUGCAUCUUCCGCGGAGGCCAUGGAACGGCUGCAGAAUCUGGAGGAGUGCGUCGUGGCGGCAGAGGACGGCUGCAAGCAGGUGCAUCGCGCGCUAGUAAACGCGAGAAUGUCGCUGCUCAAUGUACUCACGCCCUGCUAA